AUGUCAAAUGAUUCACGCCGGGAUCUCCCCUUAACGGUCAUCUUGCAGAAGCUAAAAACCAUGAAAUCCUUGAAAACUUCAACGUUUAUGAGAAGAGUUCAGGGGUUGAAGAAGAAGACGAGCGAGCUGGCCACACUCUGUGGCGUUGAUGCCUUUAUGAUUUCCUAUGGUUCUGAUCAAUCGGCCAUCCCUCAGACAUGGCCAGAGAAUCCGGACGAAGUGAGAAGGGUUAUCAAAAGCUAUCAGCUUCUCCAAGAAAAUCCUAAGAAGAGAAGAAGACAGAAACCAGUCGCAGAAUGUACCCAGAAUGAGAAAAGGAGGAAAAUUUCUCAUGCCCAAGAUGACGACUAUCUGCUGGAUUCCUUCUCCUCUGAUCAACUGCAAGAGUUGUUGAUGGUGAUUGACUCAAAGUUGGAGACCGUAAAUGAGUAG